AUGUUUAGGGUCGAAAAUAUAAUCGGUUUUAGAUAUCUAGCUUUAAUAAUAACGUGUACAUCCGAUCUUCUAUUUCUUUUUAUUGUCACUUUUAAUUACGAUUUUAUUACUUAGAAAACUUUAUGGGUGAACCUAGGGAUGCAUCUCAUACUUUUAGGUAUAAAUAUGAUGACAUUUGAUUAGGUCUAUUUAUUUUCAUAACAUAGCAUUUUCAAAAAAAUUAAGAAUAUAAAAUGCUAAUAAUGGAUAUUACUUUUAUAGUUUUCUUUAUAGCAAAGUGUUUCUAUGAAGUUUUUAACUCACAUUAAACAAAUAAUUAUUUUGGGUAUUUUUACAUAUCCAUACUCUUUCACCUAUUUUAAGGUACUUUAAAAUGCUACUUUUUUAAAAUUGCUCUUCCUUUUUUAUAUUGCGGAUUUUUGAUUCAAUAAUUAAUAAUACCAUAAAAAUUAGAGAAGAAUAGAGAUUCAUUAUUAUUUCAAUUAAUUUUUUUGGUAAUAGCAUUGUUUAAUGAUUUUGCCAUUCAACUGUCAGAACACAAACUUAUUUAGAAUUAUAAAACUCUUUAUGAAGAGAAGAAUCAGCAACUAGAACUUUUGAGUGAUAUUAUUUAUAAAUUAAAUUUAGGAAUUCUUGCAUAUGAUCAAAACUAAAAAUUAAUUUAUCGCGGCUAAUAUAUGGAUUUUAUAGAAGGUAUGAUUGAACCUAAUUAAAUUAUUGAAAAUGGAAUUUAUAGUCCAAAUCGUUCUGAACUAUAAAAUUCUUAGAGUAUGAGAUUAAUUUAUCAUAAUCGGAAUUAAAGCUCAAAUAUCUAAUUUUUAGAUGAUAUAAAAGUAUCUGAAUACAUCAUAAAUGAAACUGUUAAUAAAUAGAUUGUUACAAUAAGAUAAAUACUUGAAAAUGGUAAUCAGUAGUAAGAAUGUGAGUCAAUAUAUUAUAAAGUCAAAUUAUUUGGAUAAAAUUUAGAAAAGUUUAAGUAUCAUUUAAAAUUUACACAGAUAACCCAUAACAAACAGCCUUUAAAUUUGUUUACUUUCUAAGUAUUACUCAUAUUUUAUAAUAGUUAAUUAAUGAUAUAUCUAUAUAUAGUGCAUUUAAAAAAGAUUAUAAAUUUAGAAACAGUCUUAUUAGUUCACUAAGUCAUAAAUUGAAAACGCCUCUAAAUUCAGUUAUUACUUAUCUAGAAACUUGUCUUAAUGAUUCAUGUCUUCCAAAAGAGCUUAUCGAAACCUUCAUUAAGCCUUGUUAUUGGAACUCAAAAAUUCUGCUGUAUCUUAUUUAAGAUAUUCUUGACUAUGUAUCAAUUUACUCUUAACAAAAACAAUUUUUGACAAUUAAAAUUAUAGAUAUUCACAAAUUACUUUUUGAAAUCAAAGAUUUAAUAAUGACAUAAUGCAGUUUAAAAAACAUUUAAUUUACAAUUAAAUACAAUAAUGAAGAUAUCAAUUAGAUUUAAGCUGAGAAAAAAGAAAUGUAAGAUUUUAAUUAUUUUGUUUAGUAGUUGCUAUAUAUAAUCAGAUCUAAAUAAAUUAAUGAGAAUCUUAGUCAAUCUUUUGAAUAACGCUUAUCGAUUUACUCCUUAAGGUGGAUAUAUUGAAUUAAAUGUCAAAGAAAUUAAAACAGCUAGUUCUCGAAUGAUUAAAUUUGUUGUAUCUGAUAAUGGAGUAGGAUUAAGUAAAUAGGCUUAAGAUGAAAUUAAUAAAUAAAUGCAAAUUCAUCAAUAGUAAACUCUGAGUUCAAGAAAGGUUAUAAAUUUUAUUUAUUGUAGUAAAGCAUAUUGUAAACAUAAUCUCUUGAUAGAGGUAUUAGUUAUUCAUCAAUGAAUUUAAAAAAUGAAGUGCUUGGUAUUAGUUUAAAAAUAACAACUAAAUUGAUCAAUUAAUUAAAUGGAGCUUGUCCACUUAUAAUUGAGAGUAGUCCUGGAUAAGGAUGCAAAUUUGAAUUUUCAAUAUGUGAUUUAGAUUUACCUAGUGCAUAAUAAUUACAUUCUGCUUCAAGACAUAGAAAAAAUGAGUCAGUUAAAUCAGUUAAAUCAAAUAAUCAAAUUUAAGAAUUCCUUACUAUUUAACCAGAUCCUAUUAAUAAUGAGCAGAUUGUUGUUUAAUAAAUCAGAAAAAUUGAUAGAAUUAAUCCAAGUAAAGAGAAAACUACAAAUAAUAUAUCUCGAUAAUUCUCCAGACAAAAAUCUAAAAGUCACAAAUCUAUACCAUCGCUUUGUCUGGUUUAAAAAAGAAGUACUUAAAAUUUGUUAGCAGAAACAGGAAAUAUAGUUAUAGUAGAUGAUGAACCAUUCAAUCAUAUUACUUUGGAAAUGAUUUUAAAGAAUCUUGGAUAUAAUUAAAUAAUCCAUUGUUAUAAUGGUUAAGAAGCAGUAAAUUUAGUAACUUAAUAAAAAUGCAUAAGAACUAUAUUAAUGGAUAUAGAUAUGCCGGUCAUGAAUGGUAUAUAAGCAUCAGAAUUGAUAACUGAUUUAAUUGAUUAAGAGAAAAUUAUGCCAUUAUAAAUUAUUGCCUGUACAGCUCAUGAAGAUGAAGAAACAAAAUAACUUUGUUAAGAAGCUGGAAUUGAUUAAAUUGUUUUCAAACCUAUUUUUCCUUAGGUUUUGAAAGAUGCUUUAUAAAUCAAGCAUUGA